UAUCUAGCACUAUCAUAUAUCUGUCACAUUCACUACACAUGGUAUUGAGUGAUAUGUGUUGAUCACUGGCAGCACUUCCAACAAUAAUAUGAUAUAAAUGAUGGCCAAAUCAAUGCAAUCACGUGUUGACCAAUCAAUUCAAGGAUUAUUACUAAUCAAUACUCCAAACAAUCAAUUCAUUGAAAAUAUUUUGAAACAAUUCAAUAAAACAUCCGAAGAAUUAAAGCCACAAACCAUUGACUUCGGAACCGAUGAAGACAUAGAUUGUUUUGAUUUAACGAUUAAUAAUAAGUACUAUUCAUCGCAAAUAUAUUUGUUUCACAUUAAAAGUGAACAAUUAAUUAAUAAACGAUUUAUUGAUUGCGUUAAAGGAGUUAUCAUUUACUCCAAUUUGAAUCAAGAGUCGAGUUUUGAUGAAAUGAAAUGUUGGCAGACAUUCAUUAAUCAAUUUAAUAAUGAUAUAAAGCUAUUGGUUUGCGAUUCAAUUGAUGUCACUUCUGACGAAAAACGUGAGACAAUAUUGAAGUGGUGUUUAGACAAUGAAUAUGAAUUGGUAGACAUAUGUCCGCAAAAAGAUGUCUCAGAAUCGGAGGACAGCUUCGAGUCUAUUGAAGAAGAAGACGGAUUCGCUCGCAUAUCACAAGCCAUUCAAGCGUACAAUUGGCCCAAUAGUUCACUCAAAGUGUCCAUCAUAUCAUCCGUCGACAAAAUUCAAAGAUCUCUUAGACAACGAUAUCAUAGAAAGUAUUGGCGAGAAUUCAUCGCAAUUGAAAGAGAGUGACAACGAAACCGACGAUUUCGACCAUUUAUUCGACAAAUUUAGUGAAAUUAAAUUGAAAUCAUCGCAAAUGAACGAAACGGAUAGAAAACAAUACGCAGAAGACAUGACUAUCGCUUUCUGGAAAGCUAUCGGCGGCGACGAAGAAGAGAUCAAAGGCUUGGACUCAUCAUUCAAUUGAAAUUCGCAUAAAUAAUAGUUUAUUAAAAUAUUUGUAAUAUAAUUGCGAGAAAUUGUUUUUAUAAUUUAUAAUUAAAAUGAUUUAAUC